AUGCACUUCUCCAAGCUCAUCUCCCUCCUUGCCCUCCUCACCACAGCCAUAGCCUUGCCAAUCGCAAACCCAGCCCCUGAAGCAAACCCAGCCCCUGAAGCAAACCCAGCCCCAGCGGCUGACGCAUCACCAUAUGCAUACGCCGAACCCCAAUCCAACCCUCCACCAACCGCCCCCUCCGCAAACGUUCGCCAAUACGUCGUGAACGCUCAAGCGACCAUCGUCUCCCUAAUCAACAACUUUGUCCAGAAAUCCUCCCCGGGAGCCAACUUCGACUCCGUUCAGAAUCAACUCGCCCGAAUCGCUCAGUUGACUUCAAUAUCCUGCACCCCCUUCACGCCCCAACCAGCCACAACCCCCCAACAAGCCAUCUCCGCCCUAACACAAACCCAAAACUCCCUCAACCAAUUCAACCUCGAUCUCGUCGUGCCUGGGAGUUAUCCCAGGGGAAGCUUUUGUUCCGCGUUUGGGUAUUUUCGGAGUGUGGCGGGGUUGGCGGGGAGGAGCUAG